AUGACGUGUGUAACUUUGGCAAAGUGCUUCAAAGACCUGCACAAGUGGGGCCAGUCGCUGGUCCAUGACCUGGCGGUUACACCCAUAAAGAAUCUGUCGGGAGAACUAGUUAAGUCUGUAAAGAUUGAGAUGAAGCAGCAGAUCGAGUUUGAAGAGGCAAAGGUACGUGUAGGCGAGUUGGAAGUCAUCUCUAUAAAGAAGAUCCCGGGUCCUACCAAGCGACAUUCGCAUCCUGUUGAGGCUGCUGCUGAUGUAGCUGCGGAAAACGAGCCUACUGCCGUCAUCGGUGUGGAAGGCAAGAAGUCCAAGGAGUGUCACUCGUCGCAACACCAGCCCACUCGCUAG